AACUACCCAAGAGGCCUUGAGAGCUGACACCCGCCUCAUGUCUUCUUUUCAUGCGUUUCUCCUUCACCUUCCUUCUCAGAUCACUACUGAUCGCGUCAAAUCAAAUUAGAUUCUUUAUAUGUAAAUUCAUAGACAAACAUGCACGUAUAGCUUUUUUCUAUCUAUACUCACUAAAUUCACGCAUAUAUACACGCAUUCAAUUCACGCAUGCAUACACCCGUGGCCGUGGGGUAUAAUUUGCUCGGAUUGUCUGGAUUCGAAAACCCAGUUCCUGAAUCGAGGAGUUUCAGUUUAAUCGUUCAUAUAUCCCUAUACUUUUUCGUUUUUUUGCUGGAGAAUUUAUUACACUGAUCUAGAUUACGGUAAGAAGAGGAAGAUAGGGUUCGGAUCGGAUGAUCUGAUUUUGAUUGAAUAUUGAGUUGGAGAAGAUAGAAAGAAUGCCCCAGGAUUCAGGGUCGGAGGUGGACCCGGAAGAUUCUGAAUCCGAAGCCGAGUUCAUUGAGGUUGAUCCUUCCGGUCGCUAUGGUCGGUACAAAGAGGUUCUAGGAAAAGGAGCUUUCAAGAAAGUAUAUAGAGCCUUUGAUGAAUGGGAGGGAAUCGAGGUUGCUUGGAAUCAAGUUAAGGUCACAGAUUUACUGAGGAAUUCUGUGGACUUGGAGCGUCUUUAUUCUGAAGUCCAUUUGUUGAAAACUCUCAAGCACAAGAACAUUAUCAAGUUCUACAACUCAUGGGUUGACACCAAGAAUGAGAACAUUAACUUUAUCACCGAAAUAUUUACUUCAGGAACUCUAAGGCAGUAUCGUAAGAAACAUAAGAAGGUGGAAGUGAGAGCAAUGAAGAAUUGGUCUAGGCAGAUACUAGAGGGGCUUUCCUACCUUCAUAGUCACGACCCUCCAAUUAUUCAUAGGGAUCUUAAGUGUGACAAUAUUUUUGUAAAUGGUAACCAAGGCGAAGUAAAAAUUGGUGACUUAGGACUGGCUGCCAUUCUUCGCAAAGCUCGUUCAGCUCAUAGUGUCAUUGGCACACCGGAGUUCAUGGCUCCAGAACUGUAUGAGGAGGAAUAUAAUGAACUUGUAGACAUAUACGCCUUUGGUAUGUGCUUGCUGGAGCUUGUGACUUUUGAGUAUCCAUAUGUUGAAUGUGCCAAUGCUGCUCAAAUAUUCAAGAAAGUGACAGCAGGAAUCAAGCCAGCAUCAUUAGCAAAGGUAAAGAAUCCUGGAGUGAAAGAAUUUAUAGAAAAGUGCAUUGCAAAAGCCUCUGAACGCUUGUCUGCCAAGGAACUGUUAAUGGAUCCUUUUCUCAUGUCAGAUGACGAUUCCGGAAGCUUAGCUCGCACAUCCAUUCUUCCACAUCCAGAUAGCAGUCAUCACACUUAUGAACCCAACAGUUCAAAGACGGGAGAACUUCUACUGCCCGAGGGCAGCCGGGACUUUACAGUGCAGGGACAAAGAAAGGACAUGAAUACAAUUUUCUUGAAACUACGGAUUGCUGAUUCUUCAGGUCAUAUUCGGAAUAUUCAUUUCCCAUUCGAUAUCCAAGUUGACACUGCAAAUGCUGUUGCCAGUGAAAUGGUUGAGGAACUUGACUUGACGGACCAAGACGUUUCGGCAAUUGCUGCAAUGAUCGAUGCUGAAAUCAGGUCUUACAUUCCAGAUUGGGCACCUGUUGAAGAAAGGCCAGCAGUAGUGAAUCCGAGUUCUGAUGAUGUAGACAGCAGCCAUGAUGACUCAUCAUCAUCGUCAUCCCCUUCGGCAGUUGUUGAGUGCAUCAUCUCCGGAGGUCUUGUAUUGGAAAAGCUCCCUUCAGGCCGCAAGUAUUGGUCCGAUUCACCAAAAACCAGUCCCGCAAACUCCCCUUUGAGGCCGCCACAUCCCGAUUCACAAAACAUGGAAGACAGCUGGAUCGACGAAAACAAGAAGCCACCAAGGAUUUCACAAGAAGAAACCAAUGCUGCUGAUAUUUCCAACGUUGACCUGACCAUCAUCCCAAACGAGCCUAAUCAAUUGCUGCAAACACAAAGAAUUGUAGAAAAACUCGAGCAGCUCAUGUUUGAACAGCAAAACGAGCUCGAUGAACUGAGAAACAAACAUGAAAUGGCUAUCUCGGGUGUGGUGGAGGAACUCCCACGAGAAAUUCGUAAUGGUGUCUUAGCCAUAUGCAGCAAACACAUCUCUAUCCAUAAGUCACAAUACGAGAGAGGAUGUUCUUCAUCAACUAAGAACUCUACGGAUCGUAGUGCUUCUUUGUAGAUAGAUAGAUAGAUAGAUAUAAGCAAGCAGAGCCUUUGAUUGUGAAGCUUUAUCAUUGUAGUAAUUUAUUACACUUGAGGUUGUGCUCUCAUUUGUUCUUCGUUGAGGCAGGGUUUUCUUUGAUUGCCUGAAUAGGUUUCUUACGCAGUCUCACAUGCUGCUUUCCUUUCAUAGUUUCAUUUUGCAUAUAGAUUAAAAAAUAGGCAUUCAAAUAUGCAUCUAGUGUUCUAGUAUGUAUCAUACCUGUACAUAUGAAUUGCGUGUUAUAUUUAGCCAGUGCUUGUUCGUUGUCAAAUGGUUUUCUUUAAUUUGUAAUUCACAUCAAGCUGAAUAUAUUAUUCUUUUUCAUU